AUGUCUUCCCAGCCCCAAGGAGGCGAUUUCUGCCUUGAGUGCCGUUGGGAGGGAUUGCAUAUCGAUGGCAAGAACCCCGGUGACGCUUCGGGGAUCCAAACCCAGCCUCAGUGGACGUGCUCGCAGCCUGAAAACCAUACCGUGCUCGCAGACGCGCAGCCCGACGAUGGAUGCUGCGAGGCAGACGACUGUGCGCUAGAUUGUGGGUCGGUAUGUGACGGCUUCGUGGACUGUGACGCUUCGACCGUUUGCUCCGUUGCUCAUUGCGACGACAUUCACUGCGGCGACACACACUGCGAUGAGACUCAAUGCGAAAGCACUGACCCUGCCUGUUACGAAGAUCACUGCUGCGACACCACUCAAGACGAAGACUGCGCCUUCGACUCCUUCUUUGGCCUGACUACCCCGUUUUCCCUGGACGGAUCUAGUGACCUUCCGUCGACCGCGAUGGCAACCCAUGUCGCCGGCGACCAGGGCAAGCCGAUGGACCAAACCCUCCCGGGAACUAUCGACCCCUGCUAUCACCAAGACUUCCUUCAUUCCUACCAGACGCAUGCAAGCCAUUGUGAGCAAAACGUUUCGAGCCAUUUCGAGUGUCAUGACUUCCAGAAGGACCUGCAGGGGAUGUUCACGCAUCAGCCGUUCCCUCCCCAGACAGAGGUCAACCCGGCAGAUGUCUUCCAAAUGCUUGGGAUGUGCCCGGACUACACAGUCUGCCACGACCAUGUCGCUCCUGCUCAGCCUACCGCGACUGAGCUGGAAAAGCCCAACAACACCCCGACACCGGCCAGCUUGAACUGCUUCCACCCCGAGCAUCACCAUGUCCACGGCUCCUUUAAGAACCCCAACGACCUCCAGCUCAAUAUUCCGCGAGGGCCUCAUCGCAACCAUCAUCGAUGCCGUGUUCACCACCACCAUGCUCACCCUUACUCACCAUACUCUCGCCAAUCCCGAUCCAGUGUGAGCUCGCACUUCAUCUCGAGCCCGGGAGAGACCCCGCCGCCACUGGACGGAGGUGUAUCAUCCGUCUUGACCACCCCUGACUUCUCUACCGAGGACAAUGACUUCCACAUCUGCAAAUGGGUUAUCAACAUUCAUGGCAUCAAGGCCCCAUGUGGUGCCACUUUUGCGGAUUCGGGUGCUCUCCAGGACCACCUUGUUGCCUCCCACAUGAACACAGUGGAUGGUGCCAGAGGCAAUGGAUACUAUUGCUGCUGGGAAGGAUGCCAUCGUCCGGAUGAGCCAUUUUCUCAAAAGUCGAAGCUUCAGGGUCAUUUCCUGACGCACAGCAACUACAAAAACUUCAGAUGCUCUGUUUGCGGAAAAGCCUUUGCUCGCCAGGCGACUUUGGAUCGGCAUGAGCGCAGCCACCGAGGCGACAAGCCGUACAAAUGUAAGGAUUGUGGCAAGACAUUCACGGAUAGCAGUGAACUGAAAACGCACUCGCGAACCCACAGUGGCGAGAAGCCAUUCAAAUGCACUUUCCCAGGAUGCAAUUUUACAACUGGAGACUCUUCCAAUAUGUCUAGUCACAGAUUGACUCAUGGUGAACGGAAACAUAAAUGCCCUUACCCGGGAUGCACCAAGAGCUUUACCCGACCUGACCAACUGAAGCGUCACCAGCGAACAACCCACAAAAUAGAGACUCCUUCCCUCCUUCCAUCGCCAAGUCACGACCAAUUCACAGUCGCCCCCUACGCUGUCGUCUAA